UCGACGAUUGUGCACAUCACAUUCUUAGAGGUUAUUUCGUAGCAUAAAUCAGAUCACGUAUCUUCGAAUAUAGCUUAUCACUAUGUAACCAAUGCUACGAGUUGUGAUUUGCACAAGCGAAGGGUGCCGAUAAGAACACUACUUGAUGCCACACCAUUUCACUCUGUGCAGGCACAUGGCCGAUGCUUGAUGGCUAUUAAUCCAACGUCCUUUCCAAGAAGCUCUUUAUAAAAAGUAGUUGAUGCACUGAUGUAGAAACUUCUCACACAAGGUCGGAUGUCAGAGGCACAUGAUUCUCCUAUCAGAUGAGGACUCAGGACACUGGUGCUUGCCGUGCCUCCAAGUCAAACAUGCAGUCUGGUAGAUAAGACACGUUGUAUGUCCUACGCAUCCGUUGUUGAUUGAAGAUGUGUACAGAACUCUUAAUGUAAGCUGAGUUGACAAUUCCAGCUGCAGAACAUAUAUUUCAAAGAAUACAGCAUAAUUGAUGCAUCUACUCUCAAGUAGGGAUGUGCGCUUGUAUCGAGGACGAGCUGGGAACAGUUGAUCAUUAAUGUUGUCUCUCAAGGACGCUCCAAUCAUUCUCGCCAAUUGGGGGGGGUAAAUUGUUACCAAGCAGCUUAAGAGGCUCUUCUUAAGUUUCGCACUCGACCUUCAACGCUGCUUCUAGAAUGAUCUUAAAGUUCGGACAAUUCAUUGGAACCACCGAAGCAAUGGAGAGUUGGUGAUUUGCAGAGGAGGUUGAAGAUGUGUAGUGUUGUGGAAAUGCCACGGUUCUUCAUUGUCAUAGCUCUGAUUGGGCAGUUGUUUCUCCAGGCGCCUGGAUCUGCAGAUGCCGCUAGAGGCACUCCUGCUGUAGUUUCCCAUGAUGAAGGGAAUCCGUGCAGGACAUGCUGGGGAAGCGAAGAUGCAAACAAUGCAACUGAUCGGAAAGUGGAGGGGCGAUUCCCUGGCUAUCAUGAGGAUGUUACUGGUGCUGCCCACAAGCUGGCUCCUGUGUUUCAGGUGAAUGCAUCCACCAAGGUACGAAGCCAGAGUGAUCGUUACAUUCGUGGUUCAAAUAAAUUUUCCAGGUCUGAAGGCGGAGUGAAGACUGAAGUGAAAGCAGACAAUCCAGGAGGUUGGGGAUCAACACCACCAGCAGCGCCAAGCAACAACGGUGGUUGGGGAAAUCCACCUCCCAGUCCUCCACUGUUUGGAGGAACUCCCUUUCUUCCCCCUUUACCUCCAAUACCUCCUCUGCCUUCUUUACUCCCUCCAUUUGGUGGUAGUCCCAACACUCCAGUUGGUGGAGGAGGAGGUGGUGGUGGAGGUGGAGGUAAUGGAAAUAGUGGGAUCUGCAUAGGCUUUUGCCCAGGUGCAGGUAGCGGAGGGGGAGGUGGAGGCGGAGGCGGACACCACUAGCUUAAAUGUGUUUGUUUUUGAUAAUGUAGCCAAUUAUUUUAGAGACACUUUUCACGAGCCACUCUUCACUGCUCAACUCUCAACUUGGCAGUCCAGUGACUAAUCAAUACCAGAUGGGUACAUGGUGGAUAGAUGCCAGUUAAAGAGGAAGGCAGGAGCUGUGGCUCUUGGAAACAAGUUUCUAUUGUUAUGUUCUUUUGGUUAGUAACAGGAGCAGAUGAUGGAACUAGCGAGCUCACCCUACUUUGUGGUGGAACUGUGGAGUCAUCCACCACCACAUCUUCGGAGACCGCCCAAAAGUUGCUCUGGAUUCUAUUUCACAGGUUUUUGAUUGUAUCGAGCUUUUGAACGUGAAUUGCAUCAUCGGUUAAAUGCACUGCUUUAGGCCUAUCAGUUGCUCCGUAGUACAGAAUAUGAAGGUAGUGUGUGGCAUUGGCAUCGGGUAGAAGCAGUAGCUUCAGAAUGCAAGGCAAACUUGCACAUCCUUUGCACAUAAAUGUUCAAAAUAAUUGAUCACCCGAACUAAUCGUCCCUCUGAA